AUGGCCGCCGAUGACACGUCAUAUCCGGUAAUAGCCGCCGAUGACCUAUUUAACAUAUUGCCACUGCAUCCGCAAGCAAGUGGGCAACCGGGAAAAGAGUCGUUUUGGCAACGUUCUGAUGGUCGAGAUAACGACGCAAUUGAAGCAUUUAAUUAUGUUCUUUUAAUGGCCCCAACGCCAUUCAAUGGACAAGAAUACGAUAAUUUCUUGGAAUCAGUUGCAUCUAAGAUGGCUGACUCUCCGUUCAACAUUCCACGGGAGAACAUAACCAAGAUUGACGGUACUUACGCUAGUUACUUGCACGAUGCCGUGCUGGGCUACGCAAUAACUCUGGAUGAAAUGCUACAACAGGGAGGAAAUCCACGUGAUGGACGUCUUUUUAGACAAAUUCUACCCACAGUUUCAUUUACAGGUUUGACUGGUCACGUGACAUUUGAUAACAACGGUGACCGUCGCCAAGACUAUUCUUUGUACGAUUUUCGUGACAGCCGAGAAUUCUUGAGUGUUGGGAUUUACGAUGCUCAUUUGCGCACAUACGUACCCUCAUCGGAAGCGGAAAUACAAUGGGGUAACAGUGAGAACACGCCGCCAGCGGACGCACCGAAGUGUGGAUUUGAUGGUGCCCUUUGUGUAUACAGGGACGAAGCGCUGUAUAUAAGUGGAAUUACUGUUGGUGCAAUGCUUGGUUGUGUACUCGUGUUGUCUCCUUUCCUCCUGUCAUACAUCAUCAAAGUUAGACGGAAACGCAAAUUUGAGAAAGAGCUGAUGACGUUUAAUUGGAAAAUAAACUAUAGUGAUAUUCAUCAGAACAGAAGAGGAAAGUCACUCGGGUCGGUGUACUCGGGCAUAUCCGACAUAACUUCUGAUGAGGACGGACGAAGUAUAUGUACGACGAUCACGUCAUCCAGUACAUUCAGUGGGAAAAGAGUACAGAUUUUUACGACGAGGGGAACAUACAAGGGACAGAUUGUUGCUUUGAAGAUGAUUAACAAGAAAAAUAUCGUUCUAAACCGAGAACAAUUACUAGAACUUCGAAUGGGCCUUCAUUUUCUUCACAACAAAACUCCCAUUGGUUUCCAUGGAAACUUCAAGUCAUCUGAUUGUUUAGUUGAUAACCGAUGGGUGGUAAAGAUAUCAGAUUAUGGAUUGCGUCUCUUUAAAGACGGUCAAGAAUAUGAACACAGUGAACAUGCACAUUACAAAAAACUUCUCUGGAGAGCACCUGAAUUACUACGAGAACCUAAUUCUUCUGUUAUUGGGUAUAAAAAAGGAGAUAUUUACAGCCUUGGCAUAAUUUUUCAAGAGAUCGCGUUGCGGGAUGAACCAUACUGUAUGUUUCCCGACUUGUCUCCAAAGGGUAAGAAAUCUAAAGGAAUG